UUUUAAUGCUGUGGGGAAAGAGUUAAGGUAGCUUAUUUUUAUUAAAAUAUAGGGACUGCGAGAAAAUAGUAAAUAUAAAGAGUGAUGCUGGUGUGAUGCAGGCGGCAGGGACAGCAUGAUUAUUUCAACCCAGUGAUAUGAUAACACACCUGCCCUUGCAGCCAAAACAGCAGCCCAGCCCACUGGGAGUUCUCUCAGUGCUUCAGAUUAGCCAAUCAGGGCCUGUCUUUACAUGUUUGACGCAACUACCUCCUACAAAAAGUUAAAAGUGAAAGACAAUUUAAACUGAAAGUAUAGCUCGUAUGCCGUUAUUUCAUUAACAUGGUCCCCUGUCAGCACUGAAAUAUUUUUAUAAUAAUUUAGAGUAAACAUGUAUAUUUAAAUAUGUACCUGCCUUACUUCUUUUUAAUUUCAACAUUGAUGAUGAUCGUUGAUGGUGGGUUUACACUGACGGGUUCCUCAGGUCCUCUGGUUGUUCCUUUGGGAGGUUCAGUGGUUCUUCCCUGUUCUGUUGAGACACCCUUACCACUGGAGGAUCUGGAAAUAGAUUGGAAAAGAUCUGAUAAAGAGACUCUGAUUCAUCUGUAUCAAGAUGGAGAUAUUAGACCAGAGGCUCAACAUCAGGAUUAUCAUGAUAGAGCUCAUUUCUUCCCUGAAGACAUUAAACAUGGAAACUUCUCACUCCUGUUGAACAAUCUGACAGCUGAAGAUGAGGGACAAUACACGUGUAAAGUUUACUCUGGAAAAGAGGCUGAGGAAACUGUGGUUGAAGUUCAAAGUGGUGAACGUUUGACCGUGUCAGGAUCAAACCACUCAAUAUCUGCAUAUGAGGGUGAAGACGUCACUCUGAACUGCUCUGUGAACUCUCACAUCAAACCCAAAGAGGUUGAAGAGGUUUCGUGGAAGAAAAGAGAUAAAGAUGAAGAAAUCCUGGUUCUUCUGUACCAAGACAACAAGACUUUACCAGAGGCAUCAGAUGAUCGAUACAGAGACAGAGUUGAGUUCUUCACUGAUGAAAUCCACAGAGGAAACUUCUCUCUCAGACUGAAGAGAGUCAGAACUGAAGAUAAAGGACUUUACAUCUGUCGAGUGUUUACUGAACGACUUUCAGCAAACACAACUGUUAUACUGGAACAACUUGGUUUCUCUGGUUUACACAUAUUUGUGUUGCUUCUCUGUAUUGCUGCAAGUGGAUCUGCUGUUAUAAUUAGCUGUCUCAUCUACUGGAAAGACACCAGCAGAUGUGUACCGGCUCUUAAGGUUUCUCUUGUCAUUUGUCCAAACAUUUGUAUGUUCAUUGCUUUCAUCAUCUGGGGUGUUACUGAGGGAUCUUUUAAAGAGAGUGUCACAUGCUGUGCUCUUUAUAUUCUGAGACCUGUAACAUUGUUUUGGGCUGUCCCCGAUUUAGAUGAUCUUCAAGACCGCACUAAACCAUGGAUUACAUUUUCAACUAUAUCAAGUGAAUUUGCUGCAUUAACAGUCAUAGUUUACUCAGUUCUCUUUACAUAUGCCUGGAAACGGACUGAAAAUUUUAUACAAAAGGGUGCUUCAGUUUUACUAGGAAUAUGUUUUGGAUUACUGCUACUGUUGUGUCUGUGCAUUUUCGCUGGAGGAUUUUGUGGAAUUAAACAAACAAAGAACAUAUUUAUUAUGUUUUUGCUCCUCACACAAUUUUUAUUUUUGCUGAUUUUAUUUAAUGUUCCGAGUCCAGAUUUGAUGGAUUUGACCUGUGUUGUGUUUGUGGCAGUUUUGCUUAUCCUGGUGGUCUAUGAAGACAAAGGGCAUGUCCAUCUGCACAAUAGAUUUGUGCUCAUAUUUGGAGCGGUUGGUAUCAUUUUGUUGAACACUGCUACACUGGCAGCAGAACUGUUUCUAAAAAAACGAAAUGGUGAGCGUGCAUUGGGAGAUCUCAGAGUCAUUGUCUUUCCAUCAGAAUGUGCUUUUAUCUUAUGCUGGCUGUUGUUUUCAACAUAUGCUUGGUGUCGUGGAACUGAAUCUGUUCGCAAUACAAGGACGCAAGGACAACAAUUAUCAAGGAACACACAGACGAGUCAUGAACUGAACUAAUUGUCAGCACCUGCUCCCUAGAGUUGUAGACAUGGUAAUAAGAACAGACUCAGGUUUAUGUAAGCUGUGCCAGGUUUGGAGUGCUAUGACUGCAGAUGGAUGAAUCUCUCCUGAUGCUCCUAUUUUGGCCUUCUAAGUCUUUAAUGUUUUGUAUUUCUCGCAUGCCUUUCUCACCAAACUUUUGUGCUGGGUAAAUUAUAUACAAUACAUUUUAGGUCUGCUCUAUAAAAUAGACUUAUUGAAUAAUGCCACUGUAUGUAAAUUAAAGGUUAUGCCUUUUUAUAUUAUUAUUUUUACAGUACUACAACACUCUAAAAAUGUCUGGGUUAUUUCUAACCCAUAAUGGGUCAAUAUUGGACAGAACACACCGCUGGUUUAAAAUUGACCCAAUGCUGGGUUGUUUUAACCCAACUGCUGGGUUAUUAUACCCCAUGGUUGCAUAACAACCCAACAUUGAGGCAUUUUUAACCCAGCAUGUGUUCUGUGCAAUAUUUACCCAUUAUGGGUCAGAAAUAACUGCUAUUUAGAAAAUGAUUUUUUUUAUUGUAUUGUGGAUUUAACUACUGUGUUUAUCAGAGAUAAAGUACACUCUAAAAUGCUUGGUAAAUAUUGAACAGAACCAAUGACUGGGUUAACCAAUGAUAAAAUUCCCUGUUUUAGCCCAUUAUUGGGAUACAAAAAAUGCCUGUUCAUUUAACACCCAUACUGGAAAUAAAUAGCUAAAUGCUUAUGCUGGUUUUAGCUGGUCUGCCAGGUUUGAGCUGGUGUAGCAAGCUGAUCUAUGCGUUUUGGUAACUCUUUAAGCUGGUCAAGCUGAACUUAGCUGUCACUCAGCUGACCCACCACCUUUGCCAGGCUGGGAGGACAAGCUUAAACCUGCUAUCACCACCUUAAACCAGCAUAUGCUUUACUGUACAGCUAGAAUGUUAAUUUUUUGACCAAUAUAAACCCCUUUAUUUUUUAUUAUAUUUCCUUACGGAUGAGCUAAUAAAAUAUAUAAAAUCUG